CCGGAGUGGUGCAGUGAGGGACAAACAAAAGAAGCCGAAGCUCCGGGGACCCAACCGGGAAGGCGCUGCCAGGGAAGCUGCUCCCAUGGCUCUUGGGGAAUGCGUCCCUUCGGCACCCGCUCAGGAUCCAGCUCUCAGAGGCAGCAUCCGUCGGCAGCACAGAGGCCUGAAGUACAGAUAGCAGACGCCAGCCACAGGGUGAGCCAUGAUUCCAGUCACAGAGCUACGUUAUUUUGCCGACACCCAGCCAGCGUACCGCAUCCUGAAGCCAUGGUGGGACGUCUUUACGGAUUACAUCUCUAUAGUGAUGCUGAUGAUCGCAGUCUUUGGAGGGACGCUGCAGGUCACCCAGGACAAAAUGAUUUGCUUGCCUUGCAAAUGGGUUACCAAAGAUGCUUGCAACGACUCUUCCAGGGACUGGACACCUGCAAGCCAAGACUCGAGUUAUUAUAAUUCGUCUCUAGUGCCACCUCUGGACGUUGGACCAACGGGGAUCAAAUAUGAUCUUGACAGGCACCAGUAUAACUAUGUGGAUGCAGUGUGCUACGAAAACCGCCUUCAUUGGUUUGCCAAGUAUUUCCCUUACCUGGUGCUUCUACACACUCUUAUCUUUUUGGCUUGCAGCAACUUCUGGUUCAAGUUUCCAAGAACCAGCUCCAAGCUGGAACAUUUUGUCUCUAUUCUGCUGAAGUGCUUUGAUUCACCUUGGACUACCAGGGCUCUGUCCGAGACUGUGGUAGAGGAGAGCGAUCCCAAGCCGGCCUUUGGGAAAAUGAAUGGUUCCAUGGACAAGAAAUCCUCUACAGUCAGCGAGGAUGUGGAAGCUACAGCCCCAAUGCUGCAAAGGACAAAAUCUCGGAUUGAGCAAGGGAUUGUGGACCGGACGGAGAAUGGUGUUUUGGACAAGAAAGAAGGUGAGCAGGCCAAAGCGCUUUUCGAGAAGGUCAAGAAGUUCCGCACGCAUGUGGAAGAAGGAGACAUCGUUUAUCGUCUCUACAUGAGGCAAACCAUCAUAAAGGUGAUAAAAUUCAUGCUCAUCAUUUGCUACACGGUGUAUUACGUCAAUAACAUAACCUUUGACGUCGACUGCAAAGUGGACAUAGAGAGCCUGACUGGCUACCGCAUGUACCGUUGUGCUCAUCCUCUGGCUACCCUCUUCAAGAUCCUGGCUUCCUUCUACAUCAGCCUGGUGAUCUUCUAUGGCUUGAUUUGCAUGUACACGCUUUGGUGGAUGCUCCGACGGUCUCUCAAAAAGUACUCCUUCGAGUCCAUCCGAGAAGAGAGCAGCUACAGCGACAUCCCCGACGUUAAAAAUGACUUUGCGUUCAUGUUACAUCUCAUCGACCAAUACGACCCCCUCUAUUCCAAGCGCUUUGCUGUUUUCCUCUCUGAAGUGAGUGAGAACAAGUUACGGCAACUGAACCUCAACAAUGAGUGGACCUUGGAAAAACUGCGCCAGAGGAUCACCAAGAACUCCCAAGACAAGCUAGAACUCCAUCUCUUUAUGCUCAGUGGCAUCCCAGAUACUGUCUUUGACCUCAUUGAGCUGGAAGUUUUAAAACUGGAGCUGAUUCCUGAUGUCACCAUCCCCCCUAGCAUUGCUCAGCUCACCAGCCUCAAGGAAUUGUGGCUGUACCACACUGCAGCCAAAAUAGAGGCCCCAGCCCUUGCCUUCUUAAGGGAGAACUUAAAAUCACUGCAUAUCAAAUUCACGGACAUCAAGGAGAUACCGCUGUGGAUUUAUAGCUUGAAGACUUUGGAAGAGCUCCAUCUGACGGGAAAUCUGAGUGCAGAAAACAACCGCUAUAUUGUGAUCGACGGUCUCAGAGAACUGAAGAGGCUCAAGGUACUGCGACUGAAGAGCAACUUGACCAAGCUGCCCCAGGUAGUGACGGACGUAGGCGUGCACCUUCAGAAGCUCUCCAUCAACAAUGAAGGCACCAAGCUCAUUGUCCUCAAUAGCCUCAAGAAGAUGGUCAACCUGACGGAACUGGAGCUCAUCCGCUGCGACCUGGAACGUAUCCCUCAUUCCAUCUUCAGCCUCCACAACCUCCAAGAGAUUGACCUCAAAGACAAUAACCUCAAGACCAUAGAAGAGAUCAUCAGCUUCCAACACUUGCAUCGUCUCACUUGCCUUAAGCUGUGGUACAACCACAUCGCCUACAUCCCCAUGCAAAUUGGCAACCUCACCAACCUGGAGCGCCUUUACCUGAACCGCAACAAGAUUGAGAAGAUUCCCACCCAGCUCUUCUAUUGCCGGAAGCUUCGAUAUCUGGAUCUCAGCCACAACCUCUUGAUUUCCAUACCGUCGGACAUUGGGCUGCUGCAAAACCUGCAAAAUCUAGCUGUGACCGCCAACAGGAUUGAGAGCCUCCCGCCGGAGCUUUUCCAGUGCAGAAAGCUUCGGACUUUGCACCUGGGGAACAAUGUGCUGCAGUCCCUGCCUUCCCGGGUGGGCGAGCUGACAAGCCUGUCUCAGAUCGAACUGCGGGGGAACCGCUUGGAGUGCCUGCCGGUGGAGCUGGGGGAUUGCCCCUUGCUGAAGCGCAGCGGGCUGGUGGUGGAGGAGGACCUCUUCAAUACUCUGCCCCUGGAGGUCAAGGAGAGGCUGUGGAGGGCUGACAAGGAACAAGCUUAAGCCUUUGUUGCAAGGAAAGGGAGAAAAACGAACACCUUCCCCACCAAGGAGCCAGGGGGACUGCUGGCCUUCCCAUUCCCGUGCUCUUAUUCCUCCCUCCUGCCCAGCAAAGCAAAAGAAACCUCCCGGCCAAAGGCAGACCAGCCAAGGAGAGCCCUGCAAAUGGUUUGCAGUGGAUUGGAAGUGAACUUGCCUUUCUCCCUUGGAAUGUGUGGGGUGGGAGGGGGGGAAGGUGGUCUGGGGUCAGGGAGAGGAGAGCGGGAGCAAGCAGGAAGUGAGGCUGCCAUUCAUAGGACAGGAAGUUGGACGCUGUUGCAGCCCAGAAAUGGAACGAUUCGUUACAGUAGUGCCGACUUCUAAUGAGCAUCAAAAGAAGAAUUGCCUUCAGAUCAAAGGGGUGGGGGAGAGAAGAACGAGAGGCAUCCGGUGCUGCCCGUUGCUGUCAUCUGAUGGGGAAUCCGGCGUUUUCGUGUCUGUUCUAAGGUCAGGAACCCGGCUCAACCUUCAGCGCUACUCAGCCACAUUGGCUUGGUUGUACACUAACUUCAGUGAUGUCUGAUCUGUUAAGGGUCUUUCAGGGGAGCUGAAAGGACGGGAAAGAGUCUUGAAUUUGUGUGGGGGGGUCUUUUUUUUUUAAUUUUAAUGCUGGCAUUCCUCCCCCCCACCCCACCCCCAUAUAUCAUGAAUUUUACCUCCAGUCACAUUAAAAACAGUUUUGUUUUGUUUUUAAAGAAGGAAAAUGUUUCUUAAAAGCUCUCCGUCUCUUGUGUGGUUUUCUUGAGGCUGAGUCUUUAAACCUUCACACCUGUGUCUCUUGAUGCAUGUACUGCAAAUAAUACUGGGUGGGAUGAUUUUACUAUUAUUUUUUUGUGUAGCGACUCCAGUGUGUGAAAUUGGGCCAAAUUUCCUUGGAAUAUGAAAUGCUAAAGGUGCAAGUCUGCAGUAUUUAAUUUGGAGUACAGCAUACUUGACUAGAAUGGGUUGGGAGGGUUUUAUUUUCAGAAUGAUUUUUUUAAAAUGUCCUUCCUCUUAGCCUUCUCUCUGAAUAUUAAAAACACUGCGGUCAGUUCAAAGCAUCCCAUUUUGAAAUAGGAGCACAAGUGUUGGUGACCCUGGCAGAGAUGAACACACAUUUGGUUGCAUUGACUCCUUUUCUGAGAUGCUGCCAGCAUCUUCUGUGAGUUUAAAACUUGCUGUGCUUCUCCUCUCUAUGUUGCGCUUUAUGAUUUUUAUAGCAGCUGGUCUGUUAUUGCAGGGUCAUGUACAGGAAAGUAAUUUUUAGCUGUCAUUUGUCAGAGUUGUUCCUGUUCCAGUGACAUGGGACUGGUGGCUGAUUCAUAGAGGACAGAGUUGAGCCGCUUUCCUCAGUCCCUCUCAAUCCUUCAGUGUUAAAAGGUAUAAAACGCCCCUUUUUUGCUUCCCAUCAUAGGCAUUCCUUGGAAUGUGAGCAGAUGCACCUCGAAACCAGUAGAGCUUGCACUACAGUCUUACCUACCCAGUGAAAGUAAAAUGACUGACAGCUACCAAUCCUGUCCCAAAAUAUUUGGGAAAACUUUAGUAUACAGUUGCCGCUAGUAAAGUCUCUGUUCCAUUAAAGACCAAGGUCCAGAGAAACAGCCUGGUCUCUUGGAGGUGAAGGGAGGUGUUGCAGGGGGUAAAAUACAAUAAUGUGACUUGGAAAUCUUUUGUUUACUAUCAAGCUGCGAGAAAGAUGUUUGUCUUUGGCUUCAUGAAGGUGGGUAUCUUUGUAAACCCCCUCCCCUUUUUUAAAAUGGUUCUGGUUGUGAGAAGGAAGGAAAAAGGAGCCACGGCUAGCUUCCAUUUCUUCUGCACUGGAUGUAAUCAGAGAAAGACACACACAUACUUAGCAAUGCUGGAAAAACCACCCCGAACUAAAACUUAUUAAUCAGGCUCUGAUAUUGUCAAUGUUUAAAUAAAGCUAUAUGGA